AUGGCUCAGCCUUCUACACCCGACGGUACAUCCUAUUCCAUCUUUGGUUCUGUCUCUACUCCUACCCAAACCAAUCAACUUUCCGGAGGUCCUCCUACUACUCCAGGUCCUGCUCCUUCAAGCAAUACUUUCUUAAUGCCGAAUUCACCUGUGAAGAAUAGACUGGGUAUGGAUGGGUACAGGCCAAAGGUUACAAGAACUCUUGGUCAGCGCCCAGCCUGCCUUGUCAAUGCCUCUGUGACAUAUUGCGGAAACAAUCAGAUUUAUGCCUUUGGUGGUUUUGAUCAGUACACCGACGAGGUCUACAAUCAUGUUUUGAGACUUGAUCUGGUUAGUCACCAGUGGAAUUUGGUUGACAACUAUGGUGAUAUUCCAGGUGUACGAAUGGGUCAUACUGCUACACUUUACCAAGGCGAUAAAUUACUCAUAUUUGGUGGUGAAAAUGAACACCGUACCUACCUCUCCGAUCUCAUCAUCUUCGACCUCAAGACCGCACAUUGGACACAACCAACUGUAUCAGGGCCUAUACCGAAAGGAAGAGCAAGACAUGCUGCCGUUUUGCACGAGGAUAAACUGUUCAUUAUUGGUGGUAUUACCGGUCACAAUAACUACGUCUUGGAUGAUAUAUGCUACCUCGACUUGAAAACUUUCACCUGGUCUCGGGCAUGGCGGUUCGUUGGACGAUUUGACCACUCGGCAUAUUUAUGGGGAGACAGAGUUUGGGUUUUUGGGGGGCUCAGUGAAGAUAUGGACAAGAUUGGUGACAUAUGGUGGUUGGAUUUUAAGGGUAGCCCGGCUUUUGAAUCAGCACCCUCAUAUGGCUCUAUGGAUAGGCAUGCAGCUCUCAGUCGUUCGCCUCGACCUUCCUUCUCCAUGUCUCAGUCAGCUGUAGGCAGCUCAGGUUAUGCCGCAAAUUCAAGCAGCGCACAAGUCAAUCCACCUUCGUUCCAAUUAACUACUUCUCCUCCUCUUGCACCUGGUACAAUUUCCUCGUUAAAAUUUGUCUCCGGUCCCAAUAUACCAGCCCAAGGCUCAGGCAUGCAUUUCCAUGUUUAUACCAACGGAACUCUUCUCGAUUUUGUCACCCCUGCAGCAACUAUUACGCCACAAGAAUGUUCUUUGUCAUCUCUGGAAUUAGACACUUUGCGCUGGCAAAAGUUAGCAGAGGGUCGGGAUAUUUUUAGAUCUGGUUAUAGAUGGCAUUACUGCACCAUGAAUGACGAGGGUACAAAGGCUUGGCUUCUUGGUUGCCCAACAGAUCCAACAGCAACAGAUUUAGGUCCUGGUGGCUUCGAAGAAUAUCUCAGUGAUAUAAUGGAAAUUGAUCUUCGACGUUAUGGUUUACUCGGCAAUGGCUUAAAUCCCGAACCUCGAGAGGAGGCAUCACGAUUAUCAUCUUCUGGUAGGAUGAAAGUCGAAAUAUCAAAAGGACUUGGAAUGGACCUGGCCAAAGUUUUCAAUCAACCACCAGAAAGUGGUAGUGGAGCUGAUUUUAUAAUAACCGCAUCGAAAGAUGAUGAAUGGGAUGAGGAUGAUUCAAGCUCCAAAGGUUCCAUCAAUCAACUUCAGCAAAAUUGGUUGGCUCCUGAUGCCCCAACGUCUCCUCCAAUCCACGUUCACAAACUCAUCCUCCAAGCCAGAUGGCCCCACUUUGCACGCUUAUACAAUGCACAAAUGGCAGAAUUUCAUACAAAGAGGAUGCAUAUACCGGAACCGUAUACUGUUGUCAAGGCAUUUCUCUACUAUCUCUACACUGAUAGUAUUCAUCCAGAUGACUGCGCCGAAUUAGAUGAUGUUGCAGGACUUUUGGUCAUGUCAAACAUUUAUAAUAUUCCACAUCUUAGAUUGUUAUGUGUUAAUCGUUUGUCAAAGGAAUUAGAUGUUGAUCAUGCUUGUGUUAUUUGGCAUUCUGCUGGUAUUGCUAAUGAAGAAUGGUUACGCAGACGUGCUGCUAGCUUUUGCCUUACGCAUUGGGGAAGAGUUGUUCGAACGCCUGGAUUUUUGAGGCUACCACGUCAAGCAUUGGUCGAGUUAUCUCAGGAAAUCGACAUGGAAGGUCGAGUUGUAGGAGGUGAAGAGUUAGAAUAUGUUGGAGGACUAGGUGGUUCUCGUUUUGGUGUUGGUGGUAUGGUGCGAAAGACUAGUAUUAGUAGCAAUCAUACACAAGGAGUAGGCUCGGAAGUUGAUGACAAUGAAGAAAUGGAAAUGAAUUAA